AUGUCUUUGAAAGUCCUUCUGAGUGACACAAGGAAGAAAAGAACAAGAUUAGCAACAAUUGCGUCAGUCAGUGAUAUUCCUAGUACGAAGAAAAAGCCAACAGCUGGAAAUCCAAAGGAAUAUAAGAGUUCAUUAGGCCUAGAGCUUAUGAAUGAGAAAGUAGAGCAUAGCUUCCUGACUGCUGUUCCUGAGAAGAGCAGAAGUUUGACAAAACAAGACUUAGAGAGUAGCUACCAUAAAUACAUAGGAAAUUCCGGCGAAUAUAAGGAUGAUAUAAGCGUUCUUCUUGAUAGAUUAGAUCAGCUCAAAUUAGAAAAACAAAGAAAGGUUCAAAAAUUGGAUGAACUUGAGAUGCAGCUAAAAUAAUGUGAAACUUCAGAAUGGAAAAAAGGUAAACAGUAAUAUCAAUGUGCAUGCUUCAAGAAGGAUCAUUUAUGAAGGUACCUUCACAUCAGAGAAUGAACAAGAUACUGUUACAAUUACAUCAGAAGGUGAUCUAGCAUCUAGAUACCUCGAAGACAUGAUGUCUCUCCACUCAAAGCCAUGUAAAGGCUCUCUCGCCACAGUCAGGAAAUUGAAAGAAAGAUCGCUCCUAAAAACAAAAUACCACUCACGCACAACCCCUGACAUCUUCACCGAAUUCGACAUCCAAAAACUCCGUCACUACGAAUACUCCCCCUCCACCCUCCACUCAAUCCUCACUUCCAAACUCUCCAAAAUCUCUUCUAAGCUCGAAUCCCAAAAAUAACGCUCAGGAAGAAAUCCUCCAAAUUCUCAAGCGUGAAAAAUCUCAGAAAUCAUUUAACAGUAGAAAAAUGCUCCUUCUCAAUAAAUAUGAGAUUACAAAGACAAUGAUCAGGGAUCAGCAAUUGGGUAGAGAAAGAAAGAGGAAAAUGGAGUCUUUGAUAGGGUUUAUGAAGAAGAAGAUUGAAGUGCAGAACGAGAAGUUUAGAGAGCAGAUUAAGAAAAAAUCUAAAGAGCUCAAACAAGAGAGCCAACAAUUCCAAAAACACCUUGAAAGCUACGGUAAAAGAUUCGACUACUUCGAACAAAUCAAAUUCAAAGACUCUAAAAAGAAGGAAGAGACCGGAGAGCUCGGAUACGAGGAAAUCAUUAGGCUCCUGAUCCAGACUAUGGGCAAGGAGAAAGGCAAAGAGCAGGAUUUCAGAGACCUCCUAUCAUCAUUUCCACAGUAUUUAAAGGACCCAGAACAGUUCGCAAAGCAGUUAGGGAACAUCAACCUUGAUAAACACUUUUUAACCAAACCUGAGUUCAAUGAGUAUAAGAUUGGGGACACUUUGAAUGCGAGGAAUGAUCUUCAUCUUCCUACAGAUACACCUGGCUUAAAACCCCUAGCUACGUUCAACGAGAAAUAAAUCUCCUCUAAAGUCUUUAGAAAAGAGUAAAUAUCCUCGAUCUGAGCUAAGUUCGAAGAAUAUUUUAGCGAAAGAUGAAGAUCUGAGAAAUAAUUUGAACACACCAUCUUGCUCGAGAAGAGAUAAAGAUAUUGAACUAUUAUCAGUCCACACUGGGCAGUUAGCUCUCUCUGAAAAGACCCAGGAGAUCCUCGAGAAUAAAGAUACAAAACAAACACUUGAAGAUCAUCUCAAGAAAACUAAUUCCUUGAAAUCCCAGUACGAUUGCCAACUUGCUGAAGUUGUUAAGAAAAGCAAAAAAUUACAAAAACUCAUUAAGGAACGAGACCAGCUCAAAAAUAGCCUCAAAAGCCAGCCUCCAAAACUCUCUCUGUCCCCUCGAAACUCCAUCAUAACCCCACAGCUCGCUACCCCAAAAGCAAGUGGGGUUGCUCCAAACCCUGAAAUCUCAGCACAAAAAUCCAAAAUCAGACACGAAGAAAAUCUCAUGACCCUUAUCGAAGAAGAUAUCUUGAAGUCUAAAUAAAUGUGAAAGACAAAUAGAAAUCUUCCUUAACGAAAGUUUAUCCCGAGUGUGCUUCAAGCUGUAUAAAAUUAGAGCCAUCGUGGGGAUCAGCCUCAGCAAAGAUUUCGAAAUCAUGAAGAUCAUCACUGAGUUUACACACCAGUAUCCGGAGGUCCGAAAUCACCAAAUGAAGGAUUCUAAGCUUAGACGUAAAGGAAUGACAAUGAGAGGAGGCUCUGUCCAUGGAAAUAUGAGUAAACCUUUCACAGGGUUUGAACCUUCUAAAUCAUCCAGGUCGAAGUCUAGGAGAAGAACAGAUUAUACUUUCGUAGAUUUCCGUAAAGGUUUAUGCAAUGGAAACCUUAACAAGUUUAUCAGAAUUGUGAACUAUAUUAAUAAUGAGAUACAAAAUUACAAAUCAUUAUGGGAUAAAUGCUCUGAAGGAGUGCCAGUAAAUAAGAAGAAUUCUUCCUUAAAAGUACCUGAAAACAAUAAUAUGCCUCUCAAAGGAUCCAUUGCCCGCCCCGUGAAGGUUUCAUCAACCAAUCAGGACAAAAUGAGCACAAAAGACUUAGAUAAUUUGCUGGACAAAGGGGACAAAAAUAGUGGUAAUAUUAACUCAAUCAAGCUCCUUGACAAAGAUUAUGAUAAAUUUGUUACAAUUUACUCGCCUCGAAAACAUAUUUUCGACCCACAAGAAGAACGAGAUCAAUAUGUUCCUCUUUCUCCCAAAGAAGUAGAAGAUAUAGACCCAGUAAGAGGCAAAGUGAAGCAACAGAUGAGAUCUCUUGAAGAAAGCUACAGAGUUGUAGAAUCCAAACCCAAAAGAAGAAAAUCUAUCCAAAAGCCACUUAUAACUCCCUCUCAAAAAUUAAGGGAAAAUGAGAGAGAAAAUAACGCCAACCUUAUUAAAGCAAGGUCAGAACUAGACAGCUUCAAUAAAGUAAUCAAGCGCAAGAAGGAAUUUGAGGAUUGCCACAAAGAGACGACUGAGCUAAUGGCCCUGAUUAAUACAAACCUGAAAUAUUACUCCAGAAACGGUGUCAGACCUACUCAUCUUAAAAGAGGGAAGAACAGGACCCAGAAGUUAACAUUUAAUGACGUCAAGGAUAAAAUUGUUGAUAAGAUCACUACAGAGAGAAAGAAAAUGUGAUGCACCUCUCAUCGUUCUCAUCAACGUCAGAUGCAAGAAAUAUGGAGAACAACUAAGCCUAGCUAUAUGUCUAAAGUUGCUAGCAAAUCUAAAUGGACCAAAGAUCUCCCUAAAGAAUUAGAACUGGAACAAUUCGAAGCAGUCAGGAAAGAACUAUUUAUGAAACAACUAAAGAUCGACCCACUAAAGAAGCUCAUAAAAAGCUUAUCUCCUACCCCUCAUCUCUCCAAAACCCCCCUUCCCCAUCCCUCUCCCACCCCCUCCUUCCGCCAAAACACCUUCAGAUCCAACUUCAAAUCCCACUUCGGGGUCGAAAUCACCCACAUCCUCCAAUCCCUCCAAUCCCAACAUCGCCAAGAACUAAAAGCCCAAAAGAGAAAACUUAAAGAAGCCCAAGAUAUUUAGUAAUAAUGUUCAGGACAAGUAGGAAUUUAUAGG